GUCAAAAUCGUCAAAAUAGUGGAAGAAAAUUUUAGCUAGUUUUCCGGAAUUUUUGUUAAUUUUGUUUUACGCGUUCCGUGAACCGCAGCCGUGGAACCGCCGCCCCGUCGACAACGUCAUUUGCGAGAGCACACGGGUAUCGAGUACGGGAACAGCAAUCGCUGCAGCGCGCCCUUCCGGGAGAGUGAGGUGACACACAAAGAGGGAAGAAAAGAUGACCAGCCAAAACUCGUCGUCAGCUAAUUAAAGGCAGCAGCAGCGAAUCUUCGGAACGGCGGCCAUGAACAGCAGUAGCGACGCGGCCGGUUCGUCGACCUUUUGGCGGAACAAUUCGGCAGCGCGACUUCCGGGUCGGCCCACGAUGGCUACGCGGAUGGCCUCCGGGGGAAACGGGGGAGCUGGAGCUGGAGGUGGCGCGGGGGGUGGAAGUUCGUUCCAGGACUACCAGGAAUCGGUGAGCGACGCGUGGGAUCUGGGGGACGACGAGUUUUGUAUCAUUUCGGGGGGAGUGUCGGUGGAGGCCGCGCGGAUAUCGAAGAAGGUGUCUCAGUCGGCGGCGUUGAACGUCAUCAAGACACACAAGAAUCACAAGAAUGUGAGGGUCGGAACGGCGGCGGCGGUGGCGACGACGACGACGACCAUGGUCGAGAGCAUGGACGGAAUGAAGAUUAGCAGUCGGACCGGAGUGGACAGUGACAACGACGGGAAUGUGGUUCAGCGAAGGGAGCAGCAGCAGAAUCAUGACGGAAUGAACAAUGUCAGCGAUCAUCGGCUGCGCCAACGGUUUCACGCUUACCCGGGCCGUCCACAGCCGUUGAAACUGUCCUCGAAUGUGGCCUCGAAGGACGUCGAGUGCGAGUCCAAGUACGAAAAGUUUACCAAUAUCUUGGAGGCGCCGCUGUUGAAUCUGAUCGCCUUGAAGGAAAUCAGCUGGUCGGGCGUUCCGCGCCGAAUGCGUGCCGUCACGUGGCGUCUGCUGGCCGGUUACCUGCCGACGAGCCUAGAACGGCGAAACACUCUGCUGGAGCGAAAGCGAGUCGAUUACCGGAAGCUCGUGCAGCAGUACUUCCACGUUGACGCCCGGGACGAAACGCAGCAGGACACGUACCGCCAGAUUCACAUCGACGUGCCGCGGAUGAACCCGCACGUGGCGCUGUUCCAGCAGAAACUGGUCCAGGAGAUGUUCGAGCGAAUUUUGUUCAUUUGGGCGAUUCGCCACCCCGCGUCCGGCUACGUCCAGGGCAUCAACGACCUGGUGACGCCGUUUUUUAUCGUGUUUCUACAGGAAUCCGUCGGAGCUGACAAGGAUCUGGAACAGUGCCAACUGGGUGACCUGUCCGAGGAGCAGCGCGACAUCAUCGAGGCGGACUCGUUCUGGUGUCUGUCCAAGUUCCUCGACUGCAUCCAGGACAACUACAUCUUCGCUCAGCUCGGCAUCCAGGAGAAGGUGAACCAGCUGAAGGACCUAAUUCAGCGAAUCGACGGAACCCUCCACCGGCACCUGCAGGCCCACGGCGUCGACUAUCUGCAGUUUUCGUUCCGCUGGAUGAACAACCUGCUGACGCGCGAGCUGCCGCUGUACUGCACGAUCCGCCUCUGGGACACGUACCUGGCCGAGUCGGACGGCUUCGCGGUGUUCCAGCUGUACGUGUGCGCCGCCUUUCUGCUGCACUGGCGCGACCAGCUGCUGCAGGAGCGGGACUUUCAGGGCCUGAUGCUGCUGCUGCAGAACCUGCCGACCCACAACUGGACCGACUCGCACAUCGGCGUGCUCGUCGCGGAAGCGUUCCGCCUCAAGUUUACGUACGCCGACACGAAGAAGCACCUGAGUUGACAGCUGUGCCACCACCAGCAGCAGCAGAACCAGCAUCACGGGGACUAUUGUAAAAACUAUCUGUACAAGUUCAUUUGAAGCAGGUCGGAUUGAAAUUUCCAGGGGAAGCAAAAAGAUUAGAUUUGUUUUUUGAUUUUUGAUAAUUCGUUGGUGCAGUGCGCGUGCAGAUAUCAAACAGGUUGCAAAGUUAAAAAAAGGAAAAAUAUAAGAAGCAUGGAGCAAGAAGUAAAACAGAUUAUUUUCUAGAGUUUAGAAACGACGACAAAAAGCGACAUUUCCGGCAAACUGUUCAGGGGCCGUUUGAAUGAAAGAUAAUUAAAAUUUAACGAGUAAGAGACGUAUCUAUGAUAAACCCAAUCUACACACAUAAGUAAGUAAUCAAUAAACAAUAUUAUAAUAAAACCAG